GUGAAUUCUUGCAUUGGACACGAAUAAUUUUAAUUUCUAUCCUUCAAUUUCCUUCAUUGCAACAUGCUUCCUUUGCAAUUUGUCCUCUCCAUCAGCCUGCUGCUUGUCUUUUUGGUCCACGCGAAAGUUGCGUCUGGUUUGAAUACCACAAGGAUGACAGCUGCAAUGAUAGGGGACGUUGCUGGCAAGAAAAUGGAAAAGAAUCGCGGCAACACGCGCAAGGGACACGUCCCAGACGGAUUUGAGAAAUUUGAGAUUGUGGACGGGAAGAACGUCAGCAUCCCAGUAUUCUAUGCAAAGAAUGGGGAAUCGUGGAAAGUGAAAUGUCCAGCCAAGAAAUCCCUGGACUCUCAAGUGAUUUGGACAUUGGAUAAAAAAGGCUUGACGUACCCAUACACGCGCAUUUUCGGGGACUGCAAUAUAUACUGCGUUUGCAGCAAUGCGUACAUGUCCCCUAAAUCAUUUGAUCUCAAUUUGGAGAACAUGAUGUCAGACCUCCAAGGGACCUACACCUGUCGAGCGGACAGUGAUGCUACUUGGUCUUUCUUCUUGGUGGUUCGUGGUGAGGACCAGUGUCAUCCAAAUAUCGUUUUCUAUGUUUGCAUUGGUGCAUUCAUCGUGGUUCUAAUUCUUGCACUGCUCUUUGUUUGCUGCAUCGCUUGGUCAGAGAAAAUCAAAACUGCGUCCACUAAACAGACUUACUACUCUGAAUCUCCAAGAUGUUCCUCAAUUAGGAGCUAUCAAGAGCAGGAGCCUUGCGUCGUGCACAACAGGAUUACUUUCCAGGACGGCCCACCAUAUAAUCAAAGUAGACACACUGUUUAUCAAGACGAAUCUCCGUCCAAUCAGGGUAGACACAUCGUUUACAAGGAUGAGCUGUCCUUUGGUCAAGAUCGCCGCAUUACCCAAGAAGAGCCGUGCUACCACAGUCAGCAGCCGAUUCAAAUGAGGAAUCAGCCUCGCAUCUCUCCAAGAUAUGAGAGACGUGUGAGCUUUUAGAAGAAACAAUAGCUACUAGAAACA